AUGUCCAGCAACAUUAUUGCGAGCAUCCAGCCGGCAAAAGAGAGGUUAGUCAAUCUUCUUCUGGAAAUAAAUUCAAUAGAACUUAAGUCUCCGGAACCAGAUGCAACGAUAGAGCAACAGGAAAUCCUCUAUACGAUGAGAAAUAGAACACUCGAAGACAAACUCCGAAGAAUUCAAUUGUGUAUCAAGACGCUCCAGUCCAUAAGCGAUGACUGGCUCAAGUAUACACGAACAAUCACCUCAACGAAAAAGAAGGAGGAAGAAGAAAAAGCGUUCGAACAAGGUAAUGAAGCGAUAAUAACACUAAUCAUGCAUAAAGAGGAUGUUGAACAAAAGUUAAUACAACUUUCAAAGGAAAAAAGAAAAGAUGUUGAA